CAAAAUGCCAAAUAAAUAAAUAAUAAAUUAAAUAUAAAACCCGAUUCCUCAACCGCUUAUCGCCAUCAUAAAGUGCACCGAGAAAAUCUCCAUAAAAAUCGAAAAACUAAUUAUAAAAAAAAAAUAGAAACUGUUGUCUGAACGCUGUUACUAAUCCCCCUGCUCCCUGCACUCCAACAUGCUGAAUAGCCGGAGCCCCCCUCAGUACAAGCAGCAGGCAAGGGGGGGCUCCGUUAGCUCCGCCAGCUCCACCGGCUCCGUAAACGCCUCUGGCUCUACGACCCCCCUGCUGGGCCAUUAUCCGACGACCUACGGCCAUCAAGGACAUUCACACGCCUGCUAUCAUCACCAGCAGCAGCAGCAGCAACAACAACAAGCUAAGCAACAACAGCAGAAACAACAGCCACAUCAUCACGGUGGCCGCACCUCACUAACACCCACAAUGAAGCGGGGCAAGAAGCAGUGGGGCAGCAGGGAGAGAUCCGGCAUGAGUUUCCUCAUUGUCAUUACCUUCUUUGCCGUCUUCGGGCUGAUCAUCCUGACAGAGGUCUUCAUGAUCGACGAGCGCAUGCAUAGCGGCGCACGGCAGGUUGGUGUCGGUGGAGGCGUCAGCCUGGUCGGGCGAAUGGGCGACUCAAUGCCGGAUUAUGAUAAUGUUAAGGAAGACUACGAUCUACUGGAUGACAGCAUUCUGAGUGAUAAUAAGUUAGGUUUUGUACAGCUUCGUGACAAUAAACUCAAAAUUCAAGAAGCCGCAGGCGCCGAUGGUCAACGCUUGGCAGGAAUGAUGCUCAAUGGAGGCAGAGCUGGAGCUGCUGCAGCUGCACAUGGCCCUGGACCUGGCGGCGGCACUGGUGUGGGUGCAUUUGGUGUGAAUGUACCGCUCAUACCCUGGGGCCAGAUGCUGCCCGAGAAGGUGGAGGAGACGUUGCCCCACUUUCCAUUUGGCACAGCGCCCAGCGACGGUGCCUGGCAAAUUGUCAACGGCACCCGCUUCAAGUUCUUUGUGUACUCCGCCUACUUUGAUCGGCGCGAGGGCGCACGUCUGGUGCGCAUUGUGGGUGCCACCAAGACACGCGGACCAGAACGUGUCUGGUGUCGUUUCUGGUUCGGUCCGCCCCCCGCCAACGGCACCGAGCCAGGGGCAUCCACAGUCCGUGCCAAAUAUACCUCCGCCACAGUGAUGGCACGCGUCAAGAUUAUUCGUGAGAACUGGAACCUAAAGUACAGCGCCUGCUUCAUCCUCUGCCCGGUGCGUGCCCCGCCCCUGGAUGUGCCACGGUUUGUCAGCGUCGUGUCGCGGCUGCGAGCGCCGCCUGGCAAUCUGCUUACGCUACGCAACACUGAUCAGGAUCGGGACUUUGCACCGCAGCAGCGGAAUGUAAGCAGCGGUGGCCACAGCAAAAGGGGCCAAGUGCCGCGAGCGCCGCCCAGCGGCGAUAAUAUACCCGAUCGCAUCGCUGUCUGCGUGAAGCCUUUCCACUUUAACUACGACAAGGCGCUGUAUCUGAUGGAGUACCUGGAGUUCUAUGCCCUGCUGGGAGUCUCCCACUUCACCUUCUACAACCACACGCUGGGACCCCAUGCCUCCUGCGUGUUGCAGAGCUACCAACAGGGCCUGGUGCCCGGCAACCUGACCGCCUUCGAUCUGGAGCAACUGCAGCCGGUGGACGUGGCGAACAAUGCCACUCCAAAGGUGCUCAAAUCGCUGCACUACGAACGGCCCACGGUCAGCAUUCUGCCAUGGAAUCUACGCAUGCGCAGCCAGAAAGAGAUCCGCACCGAGGGCCUGUUUGCGGCUCUCAACGACUGCCUCUACCGCACAAUGUACCGAUACAAGUAUCUAGCUCUUGUGGAUCUCGAUGAGUUUAUAGUGCCACGCUACUCGGACACGCUCAACGAGCUGAUUGGCUCUCUGAAUCAACGCUUUCGCAAUCGCAAUACUGGAGCGUAUUCCUUCCAAAAUGCUUUCUAUUAUCUGCAGUUCGCGGACGAUGCGCUGGCCAGUUCCGGAAUCGUGGGAGGCAAUGAACAGCAGGCCAAUGUACGGGCAUCGCUGGUAACACAACGCAAGACGCGCAGGCGCUACAAACUGCAUCCACAGAAGCAACGCUCCAAGUACAUCUGCAAGCCAGAGGCCGUGGUCGAGGCUGGUAACCAUUUCGUGUGGGAGUUCUCACCGGGCAAGGUGUCCCUCAAUGUGCCGCCCAAGGAGGCCAUUUUACAGCAUUAUCGAGUGUGCGAAUUCGGUGGCAAUGACUGCAUUAAAGCCCCAUCCGUGGUAGAUCGUACUACCUCCAAGUAUGUAAAUCGCUUGGUUCAGCGUGUGGACACCGUGUACCGGCAUCUGCGUCAGCGCUGCGAUCUGCCGGCCCUGCCAACACUGCCUAAUCCUGAACCCAAGGAGGCCGAUGCUCCGCUCGAGAUUCAGCCGAAAGAGAAGCCAAAGCUACUGCAUCACAUACGGCAACUGAAUGCACAGGACACUCGAGAGACUCGAGUGAGUGCAACAACGAAGACAGCCCCAACCAGAGCCACAACGACUACAACGACAACAAGAACGACGACGACAACAACAACAACGACAACGAAGAGAUCGGAAGAGAGGAAAGAGAAACCCAACCCAAAGCCAGUGCCAGUGCCGAGCAGCACGACAGGCACCACGGCACCCCCGAAGCAACCGAGUCCGCAGUCAUCCAAUGUGCGCAAGAAACGGAAGUUGAUCGUGUUCGAAGUCAACGACUUUGGGGUACCCGUGGCCAGAGUGGAGUAUCAAUGAGUGCGAGACUUGGCAGGCAACAUUUAGCCACAGUCUACGCUUUCAUUACUGUGCCAACUAAGUGCAGUCUGGCAGUCCCUUUAGGUUGUGCUUCAGUGCGGUUGUUCGACUUACAUUAACCCAUUGCCAACAUGCUCAAAAACAAAAAGCAAAACAAAUGCAGUCUACACAAUGAUUUGCUCACCUUGAAAAGAAAACAAAAGAAAAAGAAAAGUUUAACCAAAGCAAUGACUUAUAAAUAAUAUAUACACGUACAUACCGGUCCCCCUAGAUGUAUGUACUGUGAAUAUCGUACAAUUUGACGUAAGCUUGAUAGAAGACUCCAUUCCACAUUAUGCUGAGAAUUAAUUGAUAAGCGUUGAGAUCCAAUGUUAUUUGGUUGUAUUACGGAUAGACAGGACAUUAGCAGGUACUUUGCAUAUUUAUUUAUUGCAUUGAAAUGCAACCCAAUCCACAUGUUUCAUAUUACUCUGGGCACAAUGAACAACUUGCAUCUUAUGAAACGAAAAUCAGCAACAAAUAACAAAUAACAAUGAGACUCUCCUUAUGUUGACUAAUAAUUUGGUGAAAUGUUUUUGGUGAUUUUGGAUGCUACUAAUACAAAAUUAUUCCUAUGCUAAAUUCUGAAAAUUCCUAAAGAUAAAUCUUAACCAUUAUCUAGUGCACAAAAGUAUAUAUACCUAGAUAUAGAUACGAGUAUGCACAGAAUAUAUACUCCCUACGAACUGUUAGCUGUACGAGUAGAAAGGCAUUUUAGUAGCAAGCCAAUAUUGAGGGGGGGAUACCAUACUUCCUCCGAGCUAAGCUAAGCGCACUGACUCUGAGUCAAUGGGUUGAUGAUAGUUUAGUGUAAGCCACCCUUUUGCUAAUCCCUAGUCUAGCAAGUGCUGUCCGUAAUCCAAUUAGGUAAGGCAACAAAAAAAAAAAACUCACACACAACAGAAACGAAUUUUCAAUGCUUCGAAGUUUGUGGUUAACAAACACAUGACUUAGGCUCGCAGUGACAUCUAUCAGUAUAAGAUACUAAAUGAACGAAUUCCACAAGUAAUUAUAAAAAAUGCAGUGUAUCUAGUUGCUAACUAAACAAACAAACAAACCAAUUACUAAUGGACAUUAUGUAUUCGAUUACCAUAAAGUCAAUAAACACAA